CCUACUGGCCUGGCAGAAGUCCAAAUACAGGAAAUGCAGUCUGGAGGGCUGAAUAGGGGCCUUCGCCAAUCAUAGCUCAUCACACACUGAACUGCUCUGGGCUGUGUGUAGCGGAGUGAGGGAGGAAGUUGUCCCCUGUAUGGCUUCAGAUGAUGUCACGCCUGCUGGGUAACGCCAGAUCACAACAAGAUCAUGAGAGUUUUCCUCCAUUGCCGCAGGGUUUAUCUGUUGCCCUCUCCAUCAUGUGAGAAGAAUGAUGUCUAUAAAUAUCUGGGUCUCAUGUUCUGUAUCUAAUAAUGACGGAAUAAAAAGAGGAGGGACAAGGACCAGUCCUAUAAGAGACCCUGCUCCUCACACCCCUCUGAGGGAUCGGAGAAUCUGCUGCUCCCGUCAUCAUGUGGGUGUCAUGGUUGGCUGGGAUCUUUAUGGCGGCCGCCCUCUCUGGCGCUGACAAUUCCUGUCCAGAAGUGAAGGUUUUAGGCAUCGGAGACUCGGACAAGCUGACCGUUCUCAGAGGAUGUCCAGGCUUUCCUGGAUCUCCUGGACAAAAAGGAGAAGCUGGAUCACCUGGAGAAAAAGGAGAAAAAGGUCUUCAAGGCAUUGCAGGAAAGAUUGGUCCUCCCGGUGUACAUGGUGUUGAAGGGUCCAAAGGUGAAAAGGGGGAAAAAGGAGAAAAGGGCAACUCUGACUCUGUGUAUGCUGCCAAAAACUGCAAGGAACUACUGGAGCAGGGUGAAGUCCUAAGUGACUGGUACACGAUCUACCCCCCAAACCAGAAGCCCCUGAAGGUCCUGUGUGAUAUGCAUACUGAUGGGGGAGGCUGGAUCGUUUUCCAGAGGCGCUGGGAUGGCUCAGUUGACUUUUUUCGUGACUGGAAUUCAUACAAGAUGGGAUUCGGCAGUCGUCUGAAUGAGUUUUGGUUGGGAAAUGACAAUCUUCAUAUGCUGACAUCAUCAGGUACAUGGGAGAUGCGGAUUGAUCUUCAGGAUUUCGAGAGGACGAUGCAUUACGCCAAGUAUGCCUCUUUCCAGGUUUUGGGAGAGGAUGAAAAAUAUAAAUUGUUACUUGGAGCUUAUACAGAAGGAAAUGCAGGUAGUUCUAUGGACGGUCACAGAGACAUGCCAUUUGCCACAAAGGAUAAAGAUUCCCUACACAAUUGUGCCACUAACUACAAAGGAGGCUGGUGGUACGAAAGUUGCCACAAUGCAAACCUUAAUGGACGCUAUCUGGGUGGGCAGCACGCCUCUUAUGCCGAUGGCAUAAACUGGAACGGUGGAAAGGGUUAUAACUACUCCUAUAAGUUUUCAGAAAUGAAGAUCAGGCCUGUGCAGUAAAUCACCAAUAGAAAGCGGAGCCAACGCAAGAUGAGGGCGAAAACUACCGGAGGCGAAAAGAGCGAAAAAUGUUCAUUACCAUAAAGUACAAAUAUAUAGUAUCUGGUUAUCUAUGGCUGCCAAUGGGGCCAGGUCGUAGGAGAACUUAUAAUUAGGACUAUAGUGUCCAACAUCUAUCCACCAUAGAACAUUGAAUCAGUUGGCACAACACCAACUCCAUCCCCCCACCCUGCUUUUUUUGGGGGGGAAGAACAUUGUAUUUUUCCAAACUUUAAUAAAAGAUGGAUGUAUGUAUCUAAAACAAAAAAAACAACAACAUUGUUGUACACACAA